AAAAAGUGAGCACAAAUAUUUUGUUCUGCCUCGCGCGUGCUUGGCGGUAGCGCACUUUGUUUGAAAGAUUGCCGCAAGUUGUUUCGAAUGUGCGGGUUUUCAUGUAUGCACUCCGACUUACGGCGUGAGGGGUUGUGCGUUGAUCAUAUAAUUAAAAAAAAGUUUUGGUAAAGAAAAGGAGCGUGUAAUGUACAUGUCAACAUACCAUAAUGUGUGACGCGCAAGUGUCCAGUGUUUUAAAGGACUGUUCAAAUGACAUUUUUUCUUCUCAAUAUUUCAAAAGUUCUUUUGCUAAAUCUAUGGUUGUUGAACUAACAGACAAAUCAUCACUAAGUUGCGGCAAAGUUUUGAACAAGACUAUUGGUGGGUCAAAUGCAUUAUAUUCAGAUGUUCAACAGUUAAGAAAAAAUAGGUAUUUUAGUCUGACAACAUCUAGUUAUCGCAGCUUGGAUCGUGAUUUGAUUAGACAACGCACAGACUUCAAAGGAAAGAACCACCUCUUCCAUGAACAAGAAAUUGACUCCAAGGCAGAGUCGCGGGAACACAGCCAGCCACCCCAGCCCGCCAUGGGCGAGACCUCCCCGCUGCGCCGCAUCGACACAGUCGUGCUGCAGUCCCGCGUCGACACCCUGCAGUGGCAGCUCAAGCAGGCAGAAGAGAGUCGCCAGAUGUAUCGAUCUGUCAUGGAGCAUGUCAUGAUGUUCUUGGAGCGAGUGUACACGAAUCUCGAUGAAAUGUCGAGGACGGAGCAGUGUGAAAGUUUGCCAGCCUCUGUAUGCAACUCGCCAAGCCACAGAGUUCCUCGCUCCCUGAGUGCGCUGUCAGUCGAUGCGUCGUCCAGACGAGUGGCGCGAGGCAGGCGAGAGACCGCUCCGAGCGUGCCCAAGGCCAUCAGCACGGCCCAGAUCGAACAGUCGCCAAGUACAUUUUGUGAUUACACCUGGAGGAGGUCUGCGAAGGUGACUCAGCAAGGUGAUGUUACGACGCAGCAGAAACUCUCCCAGGACGCCUACCGCCUGCUGAGGACCGUGCAGUCGCUCCUCAACACGAACGAGCCGAACCUCGCUCAGAACACCGGUCCUGGCGACUCGUGCUCCAAGAACCUGCGCUGCUCUUCUCGCAAUGACGACGACGACUCCCCGAGGUUGACGCCGGAUGCCUCGUCCGUCCGUGAUUCGCUGCAGGACCUGUCGAUGAGCAGGAUCUCGCCGGCGGGGAAGACGCCGAAGAGGGAUCGGAAGGACGGCUUCUCGUCGCUGCGCCGUGAGCACGCUCGGCGACGGCUGCCCCUGGACUCGACGCUGACGCUGCCCCGGGACUCCCCCCCGCCCUCUCCCGGCACCAGCCCGGAGUCCCCGCGCUCCACCGCGUCGCUCGGCCGCCCGAGGAAGCUGAAGGAGACCCGGUGGGCGGCCCCGCCCGCGGAGUGCUACGUCUCGGACGUGCCGUCGGAGAAGCAGCUCAGCCUGAGCUCGAACGAGGACGAGAGCGGCUUCUCGUCGAUGAGCUCCUUCCAGGAGGUCGGCCUGCCGCCGGUGCCCCCGUCCCCGACGCCCAGCCCGGACCCGCCGGUCGGGUUACCCGUGCUGGAGCGCGCAGACUGCUCCGUGAACCACCGGCGCUGGAGCUCCGUGCCGGUGGACCCCCGGCUGGGGCCGGUCAUCCCGGACUCCGUCACCGUCAUGUGGGUCUGACCACUUUCCUGCGUUCAGUCAUCUCCACACGGAUCAGUUACGAUUUACGGUUGAGCUUGAAUGGGACUAACGUAUGUUGUCUUUCAUUACGUUGAUGGUGGAGUAUUUAAAUCAGCGUAGUGAAAAGCAAAAUGGGUUCCGCGUUUUUAGGAGAAGUGCGUUUACACGCCGCGUUCACCCUUAACACCAAAGUUUUUAACUGUGCUGGCUUAUUCCGCCCAUUUUCAAGAGAGCGAACUGCUUUGGACGUUGUGUGUUUCAGCGUGGUCUUGUUUUAAAAUGAUGCGAGACAUGUUGUUCGAAACGCUUUUUUAUGGUAUCAGUGACUGCCUCCAAUUUGUCUUGGCAUUUUGAUAAUACAGCAGUUUAUUUUUUUUUUUUAAUUUCUGGGCUAGCGAUAUAACAUGUGGUGUGAUUAUUGAUUAGUUUCAAAUAAUAGAAAACCAGUUGCUAUGUGUGAUAGAGUGUUAGAGAAUAAUUUACACAAUUAUUAUUUUUGUUAAUAACAAACAAUUAAGUGUUAUUUGUUUGAAAGUAACAAGUCACAAAUAUGAUUCUAUCACUUUUUAAUAAUAAUUCAUUGUAAGUUUUAUCCUAAGUGAAAAUAGAGAUUUUAUGAAAACAUUAUUUAUUUCCAUGUGUAAAAAUAUUUUUUGUUGCUUGACUCUUACAGUAAUUUAAAAGGUUUGUGAAUGUUCUAAGUGUGAACUUGAAUUUUGUGAUGUGCAUAUUUCUAGUUUUAAUGGUGAUGUAAGAAUUUUGAAAAUAAUUAUUUGUCUUCUCAAAUAUGCAAGUUUUAAAGGUAUGAAAAGAUAUUUUAAAAUUAUAAACAGCAAAUAAAAUUAAUGUGAAGUGUUAAACAUUAAAAAAACAUUUUUGUCUGUAAAUGUGUAAAAUUGAUGGCAAUGUAUAUAUAUGAAUUUCAGGAAAUAUUAGCCUGUGUUAACUGUGUGUGUCAGCAAAUGUGUUUUAAAUAUAAUUCAGUAUUUUGUACAAAAA